AUGGUAGAGGCAAAUAUAACCUUUGUGACUGAAUUAAUUUUCUUGGGGCUCUCUUCUCAACCAAGGAAUCAACUCAUCCUUUUCAUCAUGUUUUUAUUGUUCUACUUAUUAACAGUGCUUGGCAAUCUCAUUAUCAUCACAGUAAUCCAGAUUGAACCCCGCCUCCAGACUCCCAUGUACUUUUUCCUGACUAACUUGGCCUUCUUAGAUAUCUGUUAUACCACCACCAGUGUCCCACAAAUGCUUUCCAAUAUGGUAGGGAAGAAAAAGACAAUCUCUUUUACUGGCUGUGGGAUCCAGAUGUACUUCUCCCUCUCCUUUGGGAUGAUUGAAUGCAUCCUCUUGGGGGUCAUGGCAUAUGACAGAUAUGCUGCUAUUUGUGCCCCCUUACACUACACCGUCAUUAUGAACAAGUGCACUUGUACUCACAUGGUCAUCAUUUCCUGGACUAGCAGUUUCCUGAGUUCUAUGGUGAUCACUGUCCUUACUAUGAGUUUGCCUUACUGUGGGCCUAAUGUGCUGAACCACUUCUUCUGUGAAGUGCCCACAGUACUGAGGUUGGCCUGUAUAGACACCUCUGUCAUAGAGCUGGUAGUGUUCAUCUUUAGCAUCAUAAUUAUCUUUAUCCCAUUCCUUUUCAUUGUCAUCUCCUAUGCUCACAUCCUCCUGUCAGUCCUCAGGAUGUGCUCUGCAGCAGGAAGGCACAAAGCAUUGUCCACCUGUGCCUCCCAUCUGACUGUGUUGGCUCUGUACUAUGGGACAGCCAUCUUCAUGUACAUGCAACCUCAGUCCAAGUCGUCCAGGUCUGGGGGGAAGAUCAUUGCUCUUUUCUACACUGUUAUUGCACCGUUGCUCAACCCCCUGAUAUACAGCUUAAGGAACCAGGAUGUGAAAAAGGCCUUGAGAAAAGCCUUGAGCAAACAUAGCCUGGCAUAG